AGCAAUGCAAUACGUUCGACGUCGUUGUCGGCGUGUGUGCUUCUGCCGUUCGGGAGGAAAGCUGACCAGUGGUAACUUCUCAACGGAGCCAUCCCAGCAGCCUGAAGGGUUGUGCAAUCUUCCGGACGAUAUCUUUGGCAGGUUCAUUGGCCCUUCCGCUUAGCGGUUCGCCUCACUCCGUGGCUUCGCCGAAUUCACGCUGUCGACACUGAUAAACGUUGCGCCGGCGGGCGGACAUGCAUUCGACAACACGGCACCCUGCUCUGCUCUUGCAGCUGCUGCUGCCGGCGUUGGUGGUGUUCCAUGGUGCAGAGCUGGGAACUAGCUCAGUUCCACCACCUCCGGGUAAUCGCAAGAACGUCCUGUUCUUCGCAAUAGAUGAUCUUCGGCCCGACCUAGGAACCUACGGAGUGAAGGAAGUCAAGUCACCCAAUAUCGAUCAGCUGGCGGCUAAGUCCAUGCAAUUCAAUAGCGCCUACUGUCAAGUGGCCGUCUGCUCGCCAUCCCGAACAUCUCUCUUGACCGGCCGUCGUCCAGACACCACACGCGUAUGGUCCAUCUCACCACAGGAAUACUGGCGGCAAACCGUCAAUGCCACCACCAUCCCACAGUACUUCAAGAACAACGGGUACAUCUCCAUUGGUAUGGGUAAAGUGUUUCAUCCUGGCAAGCCUAAUGGUGAUGAUGACAGUCUGUAUUCGUGGAGUCCUGAAGGUCUUCCCUACUACCAUUCCCCCGUGGAAGGCAAGUAUGGACCAGGCAAUAAAACAAGGGUCUGGUGGGAAUUUGAAGGCUUUGAGGACAAUCAGCUUCCAGACGGGCAGAUUGCUGACAAUGCACUCAACGUGUUGCAGGAGCUUAAGAAGAACAAGACUGACCACGGCGAAACCAGACCCUUCUUCUUGGCUGUCGGAUUUCACAAGCCGCACACACCGUUCUAUGCGCCGAAGAAGUACUUUGACAUGUACCCAGAUGCGUCAGAGAUCAGCCUCCCGGAGAACCCUGACCCACCCAGCAUGCUGCCCUACGUAGCCUGGAGUACGUGGAAGUCCCUGGAUGGAUGGCAUGACGUCCACAGCUACUUCAAGGACAAACAGGACUGCUUCACAAACUACACCUUGGCUUACACCAAACAGUGUAGAAUGCCUGAGGACAAGACACGGGAGUUGAGAAGAGCAUACUAUGCUGCUAUGACGUACACCGAUGCACAGGUGGGCAAGGUUAUGUCCAAGCUGAGUGAGCUGGGCUAUGCUGAUGACACUAUUGUGGUGUUAUGGGGAGAUCAUGGAUGGCAACUGGGCGAGCACGGAGAGUGGGCCAAAUUCACGAACUUUGAAGACGCCACCCGUGUUCCGUUCAUCCUGCAUGUGCCGGGCAUAACUGACAACGGUAUGCAGACAGAUGCGUUGGUCGAGUUGAUUGACAUCUAUCCGACGCUCACUGAUCUUGCUGAGCUUCCUCCACCAGAGCUGUGUCCUGCACACUCACAUAACAUCACGGUUUGUGUUGAAGGUGUCAGCGUUGCACCACUGCUCAAGGAUCCUCAGCAAACAUGGAAGAAGGCUGCAUUCUCUCAGUAUCCAAGGCCAAACAGCGGACUCACCAUUCUUCCAAAUCACACAUUCCCAAAAGGUCCCGGCGAGGCUGUGAUGGGUUACACUGUCCGCACACAUCAGUGGCGCUACACUGAAUGGGUUCGUUUCAAUCACACAAACGCCAUCCCCAACUGGACCGAGGUCUGGGGCAGAGAGCUUUACGACCACUCCACUCCGUCGACCAACUACAACGAUGAGAACGUGAACAAGGCUUACGAGAGAGGAGUGGAGGGGGUUAUUGUGCAGUUGAAAGAGACAUUAGUGGCUGGCUGGAGGGAUGCUCUUCCACCGCACAUCAAGCCAGACCCCGGUCGUUCCACAGCAUAGAUGUUAAAGGCAACAUGAGCAUGACUACUUCUUACAGUAUAAUUAUCUGUCCCUUUUACCUGCAUGUUUUUCCUCUAGAUAUGAUGCCGUGUCGAAGUUUCAAAAGAGCCAUUCGUGACUGUCGAGGCUUGUUGCAUGAAUUGCGCAGUACCAUUGCAUGCUGCAACUGUCAUUAUGUGAUAUCGAGUGGCCAGCUCCGGUUCCAGCACUGCUGACCGCAUCCAGGACUCACUCAAGUCCUUUACACUGGUGCACGGACCAGUUCGCACGACAUUUCCCUUUUCACAGAAAGACACCUGCCUCCUGCCAGUGCAUGCCAUAGGUAUGUUGUA